UAUUGGUGUACUCACAUUCUUGCAGAAGGUAUGGCGGAAGCUGUCAGCUCGAGCAGGGACUGCCUUCAAGCAGGUGAGUCCUGUACCAACGACCCCAUCUGCAGCGCCAAAUUCAGGACCCUCCGGCAAUGCAUCGCAGGCAAUGGAGCCAACAAGCUGGGCCCCGACGCCAAGAACCAGUGCCGGAGCACCGUGACGGCCCUCCUCUCCAGCCAGCUGUAUGGCUGCAAGUGCAAGCGAGGCAUGAAAAAGGAGAAGCACUGCUUGAGCGUCUACUGGAGCAUCCACCACACGUUGAUGGAAGGCAUGAACGUACUGGAGAGUUCCCCUUACGAGCCGUUCAUCAGGGGCUUUGAUUACGUCCGGCUGGCAUCCAUCACAGCAGGGUCUGAGAACGAGGUGACCCAGGUGAACCGGUGUCUGGAUGCCGCCAAAGCCUGCAACGUGGACGAGAUGUGCCAGCGACUGCGGACGGAGUACGUCUCCUUCUGCAUCCGGCGCCUGGCCCGGGCCGACACCUGCAACCGCUCCAAGUGCCACAAGGCUCUGCGCAAAUUCUUCGACCGCGUGCCCCCCGAGUACACCCACGAGCUGCUCUUCUGUCCCUGCGAUGACACAGCCUGUGCCGAACGCCGGCGGCAGACCAUCGUUCCUGCCUGCUCCUAUGAGUCCAAGGAGAAGCCCAACUGCCUGGCACCUCUGGACUCCUGCCGGGAAAACUACGUCUGCAGGUCACGCUACGCAGAGUUCCAGUUUAAUUGCCAGCCAUCCCUGCAGGCUGCCAGCGGCUGCCGGAGGGACAGCUACGCUGCCUGUCUGCUGGCGUACACGGGCAUCAUAG